AUGGGCAGUUACAGCGAUAUACCACAGCUUUUCGUUAAUGACGGCCCCUUGGGUACCGAGAAUGUAACACAGCUGCUCCCUUCGUCAUGCGAGGAGCCGUUCGAAGUUCUACUCAAUCGUUUGCACCAGCACGGCUACCUCUUUGUCAAAAAAUUGCUUCCAAGAGAGGAUGUUCUGCAAAUAAGAGAGAAGUAUUUCGAGUACUUAUCUCCCAGUGGUGUCCUCAAACCUGGGUCCCUUCCCGUGGAUGGACUCUUUGACGAUUCUCAGGAUCCCGCGGCUUUCCCUGGCAUUGGCGCUGGGUCUACUGGAGAGAAUGGUCGACCAGGAGGGGAUAAAGCUCAGCUCUUUGUUGAUCUCGCAAUCCAGGCGCACCGCGAGCUUUGGUACUCCGAAACAUUCUGCCGCCAUCCAACCCUGGCUAAAUUUGUGGCGCAACUAACUGGCUGGGGAGAAAGGUCCAUGCUGUUUCGCCGCAGUCUGUUGCGGAAUAAUAUACCCGGAACCAAAGCUAUCGGGGUUCAUUACGAUCAAAUAUUUCUCAGAUGGGGAGAUUUGUCGAAUCUGACUGCAUGGUGUCCGCUUGGUGAUAUCAGCAUUGAUGGAGGCGGCUUAAUAUACCUGGAAGGGAGUCAAGAGCUAGGCGAAAGGCUUGAGCAAGAAUUCGCCGACAAAUCCCAAAAUGAAAACUUCUCGGAAGCACAAACAAAGAGUGCAUUUAAUUCCAACAUGCUUGCUAAUGGACUAUUGUCUAACAACCCCGCUGAGUUUGGGAGACAGUAUGGUAGGAGGUGGAUGGCGGCAGACUACGAAGCAGGCGACGUGGUGUUGCAUUUACCAUACAUGAUCCACGCAUCCACAAUUAAUCACAGCUCCAAUAACGUCAUUAGACUAGCAACGGACCUCCGAUUUUGUGACAGCUCUAGGCCGUUUGACGAAAGAUGGUGCAACUUCUUUGAAGUCGGGGAUGGUGUAUAA